CCGCGUUCGUCUUUGUUCUUUAACUGCACUUUGUCCGUGGAUUGUGGAGUAUUCGAGUGACUCCACACGAGUAUGGAUUUCUUAAGCGGAAUCAUCUAUCUCUGCCUCUCAUGGACCUUAAUCCAAGCCUUACGCAUAUUUCGAAGAAGCAAAGCGAUUCCCAAAAAGCUUCCUCCAGGUCCCAAACCUUUUCCGGUCAUCGGAAACUUGUUUGCUCUCGGCGAUAAACCGCACAAGUCCCUCUCCAAGCUUGCCCAGACUCAUGGCCCCAUAAUGAGCCUAAAGCUUGGCCAAGUAACCACCGUAAUCAUCUCUUCAGCGCACACGGCUAAACAAGUCCUCCAUACACACGACCAACUCCUGUCCAACCGAACCGUCCCGGACGCGCUCCGAGCCCACAAACAUAACGAGUACGGCAUGCCCUGGAUGCCCAUUUCGACCCAGUGGAGAAGCCUUCGUAAGCUGUGUAACAACCAACUAUUCUCCAACAAAAUACUCGAUGCCAACCAAGAUAUCCGCUAUAAGAAAGUGCAAGAGCUCCUUGCCGAAAUACGUCAGAGCAGUGUAACCGGCGAGGUAGUAGAUAUCGGCAGGGCGGCUUUCAAGACUGUGCUUAAUCUGUUAUCGAACACCGUUUUCUCAGUGGAUUUAGCCGACCCAAAUUCUGAAACUGCUACAGUGUUCAAGGAGAUUGCCUGGAAUAUCAUGAUUGAAGCAGGGAAACCAAACUUGGCAGAUUAUUUUCCUAUGCUCCAAAAGAUCGACCCCCAAGGCAUAAGGCAGCGCAUGACAGUUCAUUUUGGGAAGCUAAUAGGACUCUUUGACCGCAUGAUCAGUCAACGGUUGCAGUUGAGAAAAAUGCCUGGUUAUAUCACCAAUAAUGACAUGUUAGAUACCCUUCUCAACAUCAGUGAAGAGAACAACGACGAGAUGGACAAAACUAAGAUACGAAGUUUGUUCCUGGACCUAUUUGUUGCGGGCACUGAUACAACUUCCGCCACACUAGAAUGGGCAAUGGUAGAGCUACUCCACAACCCAGAAACUUUGUCAAAAGCCAAAGCAGAAUUGGAACAGGUAAUUGGCAAAGGCAACCCAGUAGAGGAAUCGGAUAUCAUCCGGCUGCCGUACUUGCAAGCAAUAAUCAAAGAAACAUUCCGGUUGCACCCAGCAAUUCCUUUUUUACUGCCGAGGAAGGCCGAAGCAGAUGUGGAAAUCGACGGCUAUAUUAUCCCAAAGAAUGCACAGUUGCUGGUGAAUGCAUGGGCUAUAGGACGAGAACCGAGUUUAUGGGACAAUGCAGAUUCAUUUAUGCCGGAGAGGUUUUUUGGGUCAGAAAUUGACGUUAGAGGGAGGAACUUUGAGCUUAUACCGUUUGGUGGGGGAAGAAGAAUAUGUCCUGGUUUGCCAUUGGCAAUACGAAUGUUGCACUUAAUGUUAGGUUCGCUUAUCCACUCCUUCGAUUGGAAGCUUGAAGAUGGGUUUGAAAAAGAGGACAUGAACAUGGAAGAUAAGUUUGGCUUAAGUUUACAGAUUGCUCAUCCAGUGAAAGCUGUCCCUAUUCCAGUCUGAAGAUGGUUGAAGAAUUUACUUGUAGUCUAAAAUAAUGUCCCCUCCAUUCCAAAACCAAGCUAUGUAAAGGCUAUUUUUUUCUUUUGACUUGUUUGUACUUGAGGUGUUAUCGUGGAAUAAUAUGUUUUUAUUUGGAGGA